AUGCGGUCGCUUCAAUUCUCCGUAGUGUUUCGAAGAGGAAUGGAGAUGUGUAUCUAGUGUUUCCUUAUUUUUGUGCAGGAAAGCACAGGCUUGUUGACUUCCUCUCCCUCCCUUCCUUCCUUCUCUGCGAAGGUACUCAUCUGAAAAAUGAGAACAAAGUGAUUGUUCCUGUUCUCUUUCUUAAGUCACUUCAAAUGCUGUUUGUGUGGCUGGAGCUCAUUGUGAAGAGAGCCGAGCAGGAGACAGGCAGGUGAUGGACGAUUCUCACGCUCACGAUCUGAACGUGUAGAAACCUCCAGCAUGGAUUCGACCGAGAGCGAACGCAAGCGUCCAGAGGACUUCUCCAGCAGAAGCGUCGACCUUUCUCUUCUCCCCUAUCCUCUCCCUCACCCCGUCAUGCCUCAGCCACACCGAUUCUUCCCAGAUAUGAUCGACCUCAACCGGCUGCGUCUCCAUCGUGUGAUCCAGGUGAAGCAAGAGACGGUGAAGCCUCUGCCGCUGUGGCCUCCGUCGCCAUUACUCCUGCGCUCUCCUGCUCCCUACUUCCCUCCUUUCCAUCCCAGUCUGGUCCCGUUCCCGUUCCUCCAUCUCUCUCCGAACCCCUUCUACUCCACCGAAGCCACGCGGUUUCGCCGCAGGAGCCAAGAAGCCAGCAAACCGGAAAAGCUGAACGUGCAUGUGGAUGACAGCUACUACGUAGAUGUGGGCGGCAAUCAGAAGCGCUGGAAGUGCCGCAUGUGCGAGAAAUCCUACACCUCCAAAUACAACCUGAUCACGCACAUCCUGGGCCACAGCGGCAUCAAGCCCCACGAAUGCAACCUCUGCGGAAAACUCUUCAAGCAGCUGAGCCACCUGCACACACACAUGCUGACGCACCAGGGCACACGCCCGCACAAGUGCCAGGUGUGCCACAAAGCCUUCACACAGACCAGCCACCUGAAGAGGCACAUGAUGCAGCACAGCGACGUCAAGCCCUACAGCUGCGGCGUCUGCGGCCGGGGCUUCGCGUAUCCCAGCGAGCUUCGCGCUCACGAGCUCAAGCACGAGCGCGGCCAGGAGAACGUGUGCGUGGAGUGUGGACUCGACUUCCCCACGCUGGCGCAGCUCAAACGCCACCUGACGGCGCACCGCGGCCCCGUGCAGUACGACUGCGGCGAAUGCGGCAAGAGCUUCCAGUAUCCCAGCCAGCUGCAGAAUCACAUGAUGAAGCACAAGGACAUCCGGCCCUUCAUCUGCAGCGAGUGCGGGAUGGAGUUCGUCCAGUCGCACCAUCUCAAGCAGCACACGCUCACGCACAAGGGAGUGAAGGAGCACAAGUGUCGCAUCUGUGGCCGUGAGUUCACGCUGCUCGCCAACAUGAAGCGGCACGUUCUGAUUCACACCAACAUCCGGGCGUAUCAGUGCCACCUGUGCUACAAGAGCUUCGUCCAGAAGCAGACGCUCAAGGCUCACAUGAUCGUCCACUCCGACAUCAAGCCCUACAAAUGCAAGCUGUGUGGAAAGGAGUUUAACAGAAUGCAUAAUCUGAUGGGCCACAUGCACUUGCAUUCUGACAGCAAACCCUUCAAAUGCCUUUACUGCGCCAGCAAGUUCACGCUGAAGGGAAACCUGACCCGCCACAUGAAGGUCAAACACGGCAUCAUGGACCAAGGCCUGGACGCUCACGUGUUCAGGCGUCGAGGACGGCUGUGUCUCUCCGGUCCUCUGCGGAUCCUGUCCCGCAUCGGUCAGGAGGAGCCCUUCGAUCUGUCCCAGAAAACCAUGCGUCUGUCUCAGUCUGACGGCGAGAGCGUCCGCGGCGGGAGCUCCGGUCGAGAAGAAGACGAGGACAGUCUGUACCGAAUGAGCCAGUACAGUCCUGACCUCUACAAGGCCCGAGAGGAGGAGGAGGAGGAGGAGGAGGAAGAGGAGGAAGAGGAGGCCAACGACGACGAGGAGAAGAAGAAACCAGACGACACACAGUUCUACAGCGAUAAAGAAGACGAUUUCUGAUGGACAACAUGACAGAGACUGACAGACACGCUGUGAAUGAUGAUGUUUUAAAUAUUUUUUCAUGUGAAAAAUGUACAGAAAUCUACGAACACUGCAAAAAAAGAUUUUCUGCGUCACUAUUUUUGACGUAUUUUGAUAUCGAAAUACUUUUAUUUGAGGAGCAAAAUUACUUAAGUUGUUUAGUCUUGAAAAAUGUGCCAAAAUUAAGUGAGUUUAUGCUUAAAACAAGAAAAAUAUCUACCAUUGUGGGCAGAUAAAUAAACUUAAGACAAAGGGAAACGAGAUUAUUUUUCUGACCCCAUUAGCAGAUAUUUUUCUUGUUUUUUAAGCAAAAUUUUGAACAAUAAAAAGUCAUUUUGCUUUACAAGUACGCUGCAAAAAAAAUAUUUUCUUACUUAGUAUUUUUGUCUUGUUUUCUAGCAUAAAUAUCUAAACAUUGACAAGUAAAAUGAUUUAAGAUAUUAAGUCUUGUUUUCCAAAAAAAAAAAAAUUAUCACAAUUUUGUUAGUUUUUCCUUAAAACAAGCAAAAAUAUCUGCCGAUGUGGUAAGAAAAAUAAUCUUGUUUAGCCUUUGAUUUAAGAUGAUUUUUCUUACCCAAUUAACAGAUAUAUAUAUAUUUUUUACAGAAAGCAAGACAUAAAUUUUCUUGUACGGUAAAUUAAUCUUGAUUCAAUAAUUUUCUAGAUAUUUAUACUAGAAAACAAGACAAAAACACUGAGUAAGAGAAUAAUGUUUUUGCAGUGUAAAUGCAUGUUGAUUUAUGAAUGUUUAUUGGAAAACAAGACAAAUCCUAAGUAAGAAAAUCAUUUUUUUUGCAGUGAAAGUAUCUUGAUUUUCAGAAGACGUGUAGCAUGUUUAGUCUACUUGGUAGUAUUUCAUAAUGUUCAAUGAAAUUAAUAUAAUUGAGAGAAGAAAACUGAUAUAUUUCUGACCAUUAGUGCUAAUUGCCUUCAAUGGAGGUGUUCUUGCUCUAAAAUGUUCUGACUUUGAUAAAUUAAUGAUGAAUGGGUUUAUGCAGCACUGACAGCUUUAUGAUUUUUGAUAGUUUUGUAUUUUUGUAAACACAUAGAUGAUUUUAUCUGCCUGUGAAUCAACUGCAGUGUGAACGCUGAUCGAUAUUUAAGUACAAUAAAUUCAUUUAAAGAUUAAACUUUUGACUUUUAAAUACAAUGACAACAGCACAGAAUCAUGAGGGAAAUGACAUUAAAAAGCGAUCAUCAUGAAGAUCUUACUAUUUAAACAAUACUAUAAAGACAUUUUCAUAGCAAAAAAAAAACAACAACAUGAUUUCCUUAGCUUUUUUAAAAUUAUUAUUAUUAUUUUUUAUUUUUUUAUUAUUAUUAUUAUUAUUGAGUUUA